GGGCGGGGAGGGGGAGCCGGGCGAGAGAGCUAAGCGACUGCCGCCGCCACCGGAGCGGGGACCGGGACCGGCCGCGCCCCCGUGGCAGUGCUGAUUGUUAAGAGGAAAAUAACCCUUCAGAAACAGAAUGUGGCUUACCUUUUGCCUGAACAGGUGAAAUCUUUUCAACUAGAAAUGGCUGAUAAAGGUGGGAAGAUCCUUCCAGGACAGUUGUACAUUGAAGUGGAGUACGACUAUGAGUAUGACGCCAAGGACAAGAAAAUUGUGAUUAAGCAAGGGGAAAAAUACAUCUUGGUGAAAAAGACUAACGAUGAUUGGUGGCAAGUGAAGAGAGAUGAAAGUUCCAAACCCUUCUACGUGCCAGCACAGUAUGUGAAGGAGAUACCACGCAAAGCACUGAUGCCACCUGUUAAGCAGGCGAGCGUGCUGCCAAAUAACGCUUUGAAGCUGACACAUGGAUUACAGAGAUCAACAGAAAAUGUGAAUAAGUCACCAGAACUGUCUAGUUUUGGAAAAUCUUCUCCAGUUCAAGUGUCUUGCUUAGUCCGAGAUGCCAAUCAAAACCUGGGACCCAGCAGUAGCCCUAGUCAAACUCUUGGUCUGAGUCUGGACCUUACCCAAAACAAUGGAAAACUUAGCAGUGAGUUGCAAUCUCCCAAGGUUUCUAAUCAAUAUAGAACCAUCCCCGUGGGUCAUUUCCCAUGUCCAGAGUUCUUGGAAAUAGAGAAGACCAGUUUUUUGCAUGAACAAUCAUGUGAUUCAGCAGGAGAAGGCUCAGAAAAAAUUCACCAGGAUUCAGAGUCUGGAGAUGAACUGAGCAGUAGCUCCACAGAGCAAGUGCAGCCAACUACUCCACCAAGCCAAGGGAGGCCCGAUUCACCAGUUUAUGCUAAUUUACGAGAACUGAAAAUAUCUCAGUCUGCACUUCCACCACUACCUACAAGUGCUCCGGUCCAAAUAAAUGGGGAAUGGGAAACCCAUAAAGAUACUACAGGACGCUGUUAUUACUACAACAGAGGAUCACAGGAACGAACCUGGAAACCUCCACGGUGGGCCCGAGAUGCAAGCAUUAAUAAAGGGGAUUCCCAGAGCCAUGCAGAUCAUGAGCACCUUUCAUCAGAAGAAAACGACCACAGUUCUUGUUACAGCCAGUCAGAUAGUCAGUAUGGUUCUCCUCCAAAGGGUUGGUCAGAAGAGUUGGAUGAACAUGGUCAGACCUUAUAUACCAAUGACUAUACUAAUGAAAAGUGGCUCAAACAUGCAGAUGAACAAGGCAGACCAUACUACUACAGCGCUGAUGGUUCCCGGUCAGAAUGGGAGCUACCCAAGUAUAAUGCUUCACCACAGCAGCAGAGAGAUAUAAUAAAGAGUCGAAGCCUGGACAGGAGGCUACAAGAACCAAUAAUUUUAACCAAAUGGAGGCACAGCACAAUUGUGUUGGACACCAAUGAUAAGGAAUCAUCAUCUGCUUCCAAGGCUGCCUUUCCUGAAAACGAGUCCUCUCCUUCUUCACCAAAGCAUCAAGCCACAGGUCAAGAGAAGUAUGGCUUGCUGAAUGUGACAAAAAUCACAGAGAAUGGGAAGAAAGUUCGAAAGAACUGGAUGUCAUCAUGGGCAGUGUUGCAAGGUUCAUCUCUGCUGUUCACUAAAACCCAAGGAAGUGGAACUGGCUGGAAGUUUGGUGUCAAUCAGUCUAAGCCAGAAUUUACAGUGGAUCUCAAAGGGGCAUUGAUUGACUGGGCCUCAAAGGACAAAUCCAGCAAAAAGAAUGUUAUUGAGCUAAAAACCCGCCAAGGAAUUGAGCUCUUAAUUCAAUCUGAUAACGACAGCUUUAUUAAUGAAUGGUAUAAAGUUCUUAAUUAUACCAUCAACAAUCAGGUAGCAGAAUCUGAUGAAACAUUAGAAGAUGAUAUACCAGAUUCCCCCGGGGUGGAAAAGCAAGACAAAGAAAAAGAGAAAGAGAAUAAAGACUCGAAGAAACUUCGUUCUGUGAAAGCACCCAGCAAUAUAGACUCCACGGAUCAGAAGAAGACCAAAACGAAGCUGAAGAAGUUUCUUACGCGGCGUCCUACGUUGCAAGCUGUCCGUGAGAAAGGCUACAUUAAGGAUCAAGUGUUUGGUUCCAAUCUCACCAGCUUGUGUCAACGAGAAAACGGCACGGUGCCAAAGUUCGUGAAGCUGUGCAUUGAGCAUGUUGAGGAACAUGGAUUAGAUGUUGAUGGCUUAUACCGAGUUAGUGGCAAUCUUGCAGUGAUUCAGAAGCUAAGAUUUGCAGUCAAUCAUGAUGAGAAACUAGACUUGAAUGACAGUAAAUGGGAAGACAUACAUGUCAUCACAGGAGCCCUGAAGAUGUUUUUCAGAGAACUGCCAGAGCCGCUCUUCACUUAUAAUCACUUCAACGACUUUGUCAAUGCAAUUAAACAAGAACCAAGGCAGCGUGUCCAUGCUGUUAAAGAUUUAAUCAAACAGUUGCCAAAACCAAACCAAGACACUAUGCAGGUGCUCUUUAGACACCUCAAGAGAGUUGUAGAAAAUGGAGAAAAGAACCGAAUGACUUAUCAAAGUGUAGCCAUAGUUUUCGGUCCGACUUUGCUAAAGCCAGAGAAAGAGACUGGUAACAUAGCAGUCCACACAGUCUACCAGAAUCAGAUCGUAGAGUUAAUUCUGCUGGAACUGAAUUCCAUCUUCGGACGCUGACAUUUGUCUUGGAGUAGAAACUGGAAGCGAUGGAGCUGGCAGCAGUACUGUCUCAGAAGGAAAGUCUCUCACGUUAUGUUUGUGGACCAAGCAGCAGCUUGUUUUUUUUUUUGCACUUUUGGGGAAGGGAGAAGCAGGAGAAAUGUCUGACCACUAUAAUGCGAAUGAAAGACAAGACUUGGGAUUUCUUUUGGAAAAGCUCAAUGUAAAAAGUGAAUUCAGAAGUUUGUAGCUUGCCUUUUUUUAAAGUAGCAGUGGAAAGAAAAAUGUAAUAUAGGUUCAUACACUGGAUUUCUCUGAGAGUAAAGCUAGGAAUUUCAAACUGGGGAAUCUGGAAUUUAAUCUCAAAGUUCUUCCACUCAGUAGGGAAAAGUCCUACCAACUGGUACAGAAUAAACUCAGUGAAAUUACAUCUUAAGCUUGUGUAUUAUGCCCCACUGGGAUCUGUAUGACACUUUUCCAAGGGGUUUCUGCAUGCAGUGACUGUCUUCAUCUUGUGCUAACAGUUUGGUUUAGUUACUCAGAUCUCACACGAUACCUGCUGUCCUUUUCCCUUGCCUCUCACAUUUUUCCCUUUUGGUUUUUUGUUAUCUUCCCUUUUUCUUCUUUUUUUUUUUUAAUUCCCCCAGCAACCUUUCUGGACCUUGUUCAGUUCUUUACAGAACAGCACACAACUUCAGCACUGAACUUGUAAAAACACCCAGCAACAGAGAUUUGUCUUUUGGCAUAACAGAAGUCAUAUUUAAUAAACAUGUUUGUUGUUGUUGGGUUCCCUUCCUCCCCCCCCCAGGAUAUUUCCUGAGCUAAGUGGGGUUUUUUGGGUUUGUUUUUGUGUUACACUGAUUUAAAGCUACAAUCCUAAGUAAAUACCAACUGUAACACUGUGUUGAGUUCUUGGUAUAAUGCUGUGGUAGUGGAAGUUCCUUGCUGUAAAUACCCAACUUGUCCUUUUGAUUCUUGUACAUAAUUCAGUUCCUGUAUAGUUUUAAGAAGAAACACUUAGUCCCACAUUUCUAAUCAUGGGUAGUUUAGCUACAGUGGCAUCACGUUUCCAGUGGACCUCUGGGUUUCAGCAGGGUUCAACAGGUUCUGGGGAGGGAAGGGAAACAAAACCUAACUGUGCACUUUUAGCUGUUUGUUAAUUACAUUUGCGGGCAAAUAACUGUAAUGCAAAUGGUACUGGAGAAAUCCUGAGUGUGCUUGCUGAAAUGUUCAUGCACUACAAGAGGAGCCUUCUAGGGUUAUUUAAUGUGUACAGGAUACAUUUAGAGGAGAAAAAAAACCAGUAUGAUGAAUUCUAACAUGUACAACUAGCAAAACUCAUGGGGUUGGGUAGAUAGGUGUUUGAUGGAAUCCACCAUGCUAAAAUUUAAGGUUUUCUUUUUAUGUUAAUGUAGAAUAAUGUGUAAAAUUGGUUUUGAGAGGUUUUUGUUACAGGGACCACGGUCUGCUGAAGAGAUGUUUGUGUUUGGUUGUUUUUUUUAAUGUAUUUUUCUAGACUAACUAACUGCUGUAUCUGACAUAUUUGUUAUGUCUAACCUGAAUAAAGGAAACUGUUGGCUCUUUUAGAGUUUGCCAUUCCCCCUUGAGACAACAACCCCCUUCAGAUAAUAAGACUGAAGCAUCUUACUGCUCAGCAUGGUUACUAGGUGUGGCAAAGAGCUGUCCUGCUGGAUAAAAUGUCAAAUGCCUGCUUUAUAACCUGACAGUUUCAGGAGCUUCCCAGUCCUUUUCUUUAACAACUUGAAUUCUAACCUAAGUUAGGGCAGAAGUAAUUUAUGGAUAUAAAACUGCAGUCUUUAAAACAUAUCCAGAGUUCCUUGGCACAUGGUGUACAGAAAGCAGGUAGACUGGGGAAAUAACAACUCACUCUUACCUUUGAUCUGUUGUACACCUUUCACAGCACAGUUCUGGCUUACAGCAGAGGGGACGUGUGGUGAAGCACUGAGGUGUCAUCAGAUGAAUGGUGCAAGAAUUUCAGGAGCAUAGGGCUUGCAUGAGAAGCCUGGAGAUAAAAGAGAAGAUGAGUUACUUUGUGGCUUUCUCACUGUCGUCUUGUGGUAAUGGUGAAGUCUUGUGGUUUGUUGCAGAGAGACCUGGGUGAGGAUUGCAAAAGCUCUGUCUCCACCGUGUGUUGUCAGCUGCCUGUUAGGGCUGUCAGACCUGAGAAAACAUCAUCAAGGUUGGCAUUAUUCAAACCCCAACCUCAGCUGUACAGUAAAAUAAAAGGAACUCCCACUGCUAAAUGAGAGGAGGGCUUAGUCACAGGUCACCUUUACUGUACCAGUGUUGUGUGUUUUCAAAGCAAGAAAGCCUUUUUCAAACAAUUGCUAAUGAGGAUGUCACACUUGUUCCUUUGUACCCCCCCACAAAAUAAAGCAUUUUGGUAUUACAGUGAA